CUUUUUUUGUUAACAGGAAAACAAAUUGGGGACAUUGUGUUGUUUUUUGGAUGCCGCAAGAAGAGUGAGGAUUACAUAUAUGAGGAUGAACUUACCUCUUAUGAAAAAGAUGGAACAAUCGCUGACCUGCAUGUGGCUUUCUCCCGCGACCAGGUGAGACAAAAACUCUCGUUUUUGUUGUUGUCGUUGUCGGUUGCAAUCUUGUUGUUUGUAACGCGGCUGUUUUAGGUAAAUCAAUGGUAAAAUGGCUUAGCAAACGGGUGUAUUUUGCUUUGCAACCGGGCUGCAAAACGAGGUGAAAAGCGAUGUUGCGCGUUUUACCACCCGUGUAUUGUAAAAAUCAGGUUUUUAACAAUAGCAUGAAUACCGACUUCUGACAGGAUAAAAUUACAGGGGAGAAAAACUUGCUACAAAACAAGUUGGCCUUGGGCCGGUAAAAAUGUUAGAGCUACCGUGAACCAUCUAUUCACCUCCCCUUCUCAAAUAAGCCCCCGUUUUUUUUUCAGGGGAAGAACGUUAAUACAUCCCCCCUUUCUUUUAAGCGCCCCGCCCCUCCCACUUAUCAUUCUUCACUAGCAAAUGUUGGACUGUAAUAAUCAAUCACGACUCUAAAACUUCGUGUGGACUGAUCCAUGACUUGUGUUAACCGACUGGAAUUUCGAAUUUGUUUUUGAUUCUCGGCUGCAUGACCUCUAACUUCUUGUACUUGAGCUUUUCCACUUUCUAUUCUAGUUCCUUAUGAAGAAUUAAUACCUUCGUCUUUGCUAAAUUAAAUAAUAACCCCCUCUUAAAUGCGCCGUUCGUCUCUAUUAAGCCCCCCUUAAAAUGAAUUUGAAAUAAAUAAGCCCCCGGGGGUUUAAUAGAUGAUUUACGGUAUACUCUACUUUCUGCAAACUGCAACAACUUUAUUUGCUGCACGGUUUCUUGUAGAUUUUGUGACUAAAAGACAGUUGUUGUUUUUGCUCAGGAGAAAAAAGUCUAUGUGACGAAUCAAAUGGCUGAAAACAAAGAAUCCAUUUGGAAGAUAUUGGAUAAUGGAGGCCACAUUUACGUUUGCGGGUAAGAUGCUUUAGUCUUUUUUUAAACUGAAACACGUUCAAUAAUUCUAACUUUCGUUAGCAAUACUUUCGAGUUGUAUAGUCAGCUCUCUCUCUAAGACGCCGGGACACCUUUGGGACCAUCAAAAAGUGUCCGUCUAAGAGAGAUGACCGGCUUAUAGAGGUGACCGUCAAGAGAGAGUCGACAGCACCAUGAAAUAUCUCAUGAAUGACUUGAUUUUUCUUAGUAGAGGCCCUGCCAGCGGGGGUGGGGGGGGGAGGGUCCCAUGUCAUGUCUCGUGUCGGUGUUCAUAAAUGCUUCACGUCGCUGUCGGAAAUUGAACAAAAAUUCUUUGACAUUGUCGGAGUUUUAGAAAAGGGGGAUAGCGAUGCGCUGUGAAGAAAUCAUUACAGUUCUGGGCUUUCUCAGUUAACAUUUCGCGUAUCAAACACCUAUACAUCGCCAUUCACAAUUAACACAAUUCACAGGAGGGUCCAGAGAACAGACUGAAGCUCACUGACAAGAGACGUUCUCUGAAGCCCAAGGAAAAUUGAAGAAAAUUACUUCUCCUUAGCAUUCAGACUGUUGAUAAAUUAGCCAAACCACCGUUCUUUGUCGCUUAUUCUCGGCUUUGCCGUCACUGUCGCAAUUUGGCGGAGGGAGGUUGUCUUUACGCUGGGAAGGCCUCUUAGUAUGCACACGCCCUCUAGGCGAGUGUUUAUAUAAAAAAAAUCAGUUCACGUGUGGGAUGUUUCCGGUAUACCACGAGAAACAUUGCAUAACACAAGAAUUAUUUAUCCUGUCACUCAACUAGGCUCGAUUUUCGCCGCUCUCUCGGGGCUCAUUCCCCGAACAGUGGCUGGUAAUCGAGCCUGUCACUCAACAUGAUGACGUCAAACCUCGGCAUCACGGGUAAACUCGAAGAAAAAACAAUUACACUAGGCAGUCUGUUAACAACAAUUCCCAAAUGAUCGACAGCUUGUCAAUGAAUAAAGUUCGUAUUCACCUCUGUCUAUUUUACUUGCAUCUGAAGAAAAUUGGAAGAUAGCUGGCAAAUUUUUCUGAUGGGUUAGACUUUGUUUCUAAGUGCAGCUGUGUACCCAUCCCGGUUUUCGCAACACUGCUUUGGUUUCGUUAGUCUCAGAUGAAAAAUUCUUUGCCCGUUGUAGUCUGUUUGCUGUCGUUUCAUAUUCCUUUUUUAACUAUGACUUCUAAGAAAUCCGAAUGGUAAUAUUAAAACUUGGGUUUUGUAGUCUUGUUACAAAGUUGCUUCUGAAAAAUUUGGUAGAACAAAAAGUGCCAGCCGCUCCAUUUUUGGCGGGAAAAUGUGGAGGCCGCAAGCACCGCCGGGAUUUUUCAGUGAAAUGCUACCGGUUUCUAGAUUUCUGAUUGGCUGUAUUUUUUUUGACAUGGGGUAAAUAAUAUUACAGGGCUGUCACUUAGAUUCGGGGACCGGGGAUUUCUCUCCACUACUUUGAGCUGAAUCCCGGCUCUUUUCAAUGGAAGUCUACUAAUUGCAUAUACCUUACAAUUUGAGAUCUUAGUGACAGCCAUAUUUUUUAGUUAUCCAAGGUCACAAACACUAGUAAUACUCAGUAUAAUGCAUGUCAACUACAAAAGAACCGACGGAGAAAAAAGAAAGGUUUCUUUAUUAAAAUUUAGUGAAACUGGGAAGGUGUGUCCUACGUUAGACCAGCUCGUAUGAAAGGUUGAACACGGACAUCGUGCUCGAGACGUUUAUAUGUCGAAAUGGGUGAUUUUACAUGUUAUUAUUGUAACGAAGGGAGAACACUCAAAACUAUGAAAUAAAUGCCUAUUAUAUUUUGCUACCUUUUUUUUGUUUUAGAUUUAUUCACUUUGGGGUGAGCCCACUUUUCCUACAUUUUCUUCCCCCUUAUUCAUGAGAAACAAAAAGAUAGCCCGGCAAGAAUGGUAACCUGGCUAGCCGGGUCACCCUUUUCUCGAUGGUACGAGACAAUCAGAGCAUGUGCGAGCGCUCUUGGCUCGGGAAUCAUCCAAUGAAAGGCAAAGGGGUCACUUUUUUUCUCAUAUAAACGCUUGCUAAGCCUUUAUUACGACGGUUUCACCAAUAACAUGUUUUUUUUUCAGCGACGCCCGCAAUAUGGCGCGUGAUGUUCACAAUUUGCUGGUGACCAUUGUAAAGGAGAAUGGAGGAAUGACAGAGAACGAAGCUACUGAUUACGUGAAGAAACUCAGCGCUAAAGGGCGAUAUUCCGUAGAUGUUUGGAGCUAA